CGCGGGUUUUUAAAAAUUUUGUGCAUUUUGAACCCAUUUUGGACCGACCAGCAAAACUGGAAGAGACACAUUCGAGGAUUUUGGGUUACUAAUAUCAAUACUGAGGUACUAGUACCAUGCUACGUCCAUCCAAUAGAGGGGGAUAUCUAUGAGUAGUGAUAUUAGCUUGGGCCAUGGAGGAGGAGGAAGAGUCGCGAAAAUCUGUUAAGCAAGACCCUGCUGUAUCGGGUGAUUCCACCAAAGACCUAACAGGCACUACUAGUAGUACAACUGCCACUGCCACUGCCACUGUCACCACUAAUGAUAAUCAACCGGAUGACGGCAUUAAAAGGGUCAGUUGGGACGAAUUCUUAAGGAUUGACUGGGGACCCAAAAAGAAGAAACGGAGAAAAGUGGAAACGGCAAAGUCCAAGGAAGAUACAGAUACCCAAGAUGCUCAGCCUGCGAAAACCAACACGUCCGAGGUGGAUCGCCGCAAGAAGAAACGAAAACGGAAAUUAUCAUCAGGGGUAGAUCAGCAGAAGAAUCAUGCGUCUUCCAAAAAGAAGGCAAAAUUCGAUAAAGAAGAGCGGAAGCAGGCAUCAUGGGAAACGUACUUUGAACAAAUGCGAGAGUACCGAGACAGUCACGGGAAUACCACAGUACCAAACGUCUGGCAGGAUCAACAAUUCGCAGAUUGGGUCAGGGAACAACGCGUGAAAUUCAGCGCUCGGCGAAAUGGGGAUGUCAAAGCCAUGUCAGACAAUCGAUUUGCUGCGCUCGAAAGCUUGGGGUUCGAGGGAAAAAUCACCAAGGAAUGGAAGAAAGAAUCGUUUGACCAACGCUUGGAUCAAUUGAAUAGAUUCAAGCGAAAGUUUCACCACACGAAAGUGCCAAAGGGGUAUAAUGGCAUUCCUGGAUUGAGACAGUGGGUCAUCAAAACGCGCAAAAAAUACAGGGGGAGACAACAGGGAAUUCCCUCGGACCUGACGAAUGAUCAGGUUGAUAUGCUAGACGAAAUCGGGUUUUGGUGGAACGACCAGAAAAACAACGGCAACAAGAAUGGCACAAAGCAUGCGCCAGACAAAACUGAUUCGAUUCAUCCAAAGGACCACUCCGGGGACGAGGGGGGACAGGAGCUUGAGACACCCGCUGCUGUUGCAACAAGCAAGCGAAUCGAUCCUCCAGGAGAGAAAAUCAAUGAUCCAGGAACUCCACCCGUCGCAAAGAAUGGAGCUGUUGGCGCGUCGGCCGACGGUGCACUGGUCAAGAGGGAAGGAAAGGAGAACUCGGACGACGAGGAAAAUAUUCAGAAAAAACACGAAUCAGACCCAGUCGAAAGUCAACACACUUCAGAAUUUGAGACUCGGUUUGCGCAGUUGAAGGCCUUUGGGAGGCAAUUCAACCAUUUCCGUGUGCCGAAGGAUCAUGCUUCGGGAUUGCGGAAAUGGAUUGUGAGAAUCCGCAAGAAAUACAAAGAGAAGAAAAGGGGGAAUCAGUCCGAUCUCACUGACGAACAAAUCAAUCGAUUAAAUGCCCUCGGUUUCAAUUGGAAAAAGAAGGCAGAUACAGGCAGCAACGAAAACAGUGCCAGGCGGGUGGGCGACGCUGUACAGAACAAAGACAGUGCCCUCGCCGACAAUUGUGGCGUUGCACCUGAGCAGAGUGCAGGGGGGGACGGCAAUGGGGUUAUCGACAAUCAGCAGCGAGGAGGUGCUGUCCAUACAAAUUUCGAACGGGAAAACGAAAAGCUAAGGACAUCUUCGUUAGCCAACCUGCAAAAGAAAAGCAGCAGCGAACGUUCGUCUGUUGCGAAACAACCGUGUGAGGUUUCCUUUACGGAACGAAUUGCUCAACUCAAAGCUGUUCAACACGGAAUUAGCCCCGAAACGGGCAAACAAGACGAGUUUACGCCGAAGGUUCAUAUAACGAGCUGGAGUUCAAGGUUUCGAGAGCUCCAACAGUACGAAUCUAAGCACGGUACUACUCGGGUGCCAAGCAAGUACGAGCAAAAUCAGCCGUUUGCUUCGUGGGUUUGGGAAACUAGAAAAGACUUUUCUCUUCGCUGGACUGGUGAUCAUGAAGCACUUUCGGAUGAACGAUUCAAAUCACUAAAGAAACUUGGUUUCGAGGCUUUCAAAAUGAACGAGUUGUCGCCAUCGUUUGCAAAGCGGCUAUCACAACUGGAAGACUUUUUUGGAGUAUUCGGGCAUGCCGCGGUCCCUAAGACUUAUACAGCUUCACCGGGCCUACGAGACUGGCUGAAAACAGUUCGGUCCCAGUACAAGCAAUGGGAAGAGGGCGAUCCGAGUGUGUUUUCCUUGAAGGAGUUGGAAGCAUUGAAUGCUUUGACAUUUGAGUGGCUUGGUAGAAAACCAAAGUUUGCCUCACAAAAGAAGAGUCCGCCAUCAAACAGCCCGGGUUCUCAAUCUACUGCUGGUUCGAAAGCUGGAUCUCCACGGAACGGCCGAGCAGGCACCUCGAGUGAACGGACCACAGAGCCAGGUGCAUCUGCUGCUGGGAAUACCAGUGCCGCGGGGAAGAAGUAUAUCCCAUGGUCAGAUAGGAUACGGAAACUGAAAGCGUUCAAGGAAUCAGUGGGUCACACCAGAGUGCCCUCUGCGUAUCCCGAGGAUCAAGGAUUCGCAAAUUGGGUGAUUCACCAGCGGAAACUUUUUACGAAACGAUUUCGUGGCGACAAGAGUGCAAUAUCUGAUGAACGAUUCGAAGAAUUGCAAAAGAUUGGUUUGAAUGCAGCCAAGAGUACUGCUCGAGGAUCUGCUACUUCCGCUGGCGCCGAUACUGGCGAUUCGUAAGCAAAUGGUCAUGAGAAAAGGACCCUUGCAGGGCAGAUCGACUAAGGCAGCUGUAUCCCUUCAAAGAUCUAGACUCCAGUGGCCACACAAACCCUCUUGAACCAACUGGUCCUACCUUUACGCUAGGCGAUCCUUAGUCGACAGAAAAGCUGGCAGAGGGCGCACCAAACCUGGCCUCUACCGGUAGCUAGAUUACGAGAUCAAAGCAAACCAGAAGCAGAUCCGAGGCUUCUAUGCCACAAUGUAUCGGUAGAUCACAAACUUGAGCUACACUUGAGUUUGCCAACGGGGGCUUCAUCAAUGGCUGAAUGCGGAGUUGGAUCGGACUCAUUGAAUGUAAACUUGUCAGUCCAUCUUUUGACAAACUAUGAUCUUGACCUUCAUUGGCAGCUCUGUGGGCUGCUGACAAUAAUCUUCCGGACGAGGGACGGACGUCGGUAUCUUUUGGGUCUUCCGUGUGGAUCAAACUGGCAAAACAUCCAU